CUAUGUGUAAUGCUUAUUCCUUUUAUGCAUAGGCUUCUCUCCAACUAGCUCCACUAACGUUUGUCUCCUGUGCCAGCCCAUGUCAGCCUGAAACCUGUGGGCUGUACUUCGGCAUUCGCUUUCAAGUACGCUCCUCUUCAACUUGAAAAAUGACGGAGGAAUAUAUGGAUCAUAGACUAUAUAGUUGCCCUGCAUAUAACAGCAUAUAACAACUCGAACAAGAGGCAAGAUGGGAGCAUCAGGUACGGUAUCGGCGCGGAUAGGGCGCAUCAGUGGCACAGCCUAGCGCAAUACGGUCAUGCAGGGCGCCGCAUUUCUAAUCGAAAUGCGCAAUGGAUAAUGCAAGCAUGGAGUAUGGACCAAUAAUACUGGGUAAACACUACGAUACGCCUCUAUCGAGAAUGAUUGAUAAUGAACAGCGAGUUGAAGGAGGAAAGGAUCACGUGACCAUGCGUUCAGCCUUGCCACUGCAUGGGCGCCACCGUCCGUGCAUACCCCAACGGCUCCCUCUCCCCACUCACCACUCAUGCUCGACUGUGCUACAUGCACUUUUAUGCACCUCAAAUUUGAAUGAAUCUAACCAUUAUUCCUGCUGUCGUAGCGUGCCGCUGCACCCCUGUGGAUUGUUGACUGUGAGCGCCGAGGGUCGCAACACUUGUACUCAGCGCCUCAACACUGUCUCGUCGGGCUGGCUACACCACAGCGGUGAACGCGCAGUGAGGACGCCCGUUCCGCCCUCUCGCUUUCUUCCGACUCUGGGCUUUCGGCUUGAGUGCCUCGCGAGGGCGAGGGAGUCAAGGCUCUCUUUGCCACCUCUUCCGAGCCGUUCCUCAGCCAUUCUCAACCCGCCGAAGUGGUAGUAGCGAUAGUAGUGAUAGUAGCAAGACGUAGAUCAAGGCAGACACGGACGCGCUUCCUGGCAGAUAACAGCGAUCGAACAACGGACAAUGGUGCGGUAUCUCAUCGGAAAGUGAGUCCGAAUCCAUACCCUGGUGCGCGCAAGCGAUCAGAGAAGGUA